ACAACCGUUGAGACAUUUAAACCUUCAGCUGUCAGACACCGAGGGGACAAGUCACGGUGGUUUCAGACUGUUGGACUCUAUCAUGCAGCAUGAGCCCACGAGGACGUCCUCCGUGGUCCACCUCAGUGGAAGAGGACCGUCUCUGGCGUCCACCAAGAGGACCGAGCCUCAGAACUUUGCAGAAUCUCUGCCAACGGAGAUGAGCGUGAGGAUCUUCGGCGAGCUGGACCCGGAGAGUCUGUGCAGCGCGGCGUGCGCCUGCAAACUGUGGCACCGCCUCAUCGAGGACAGCGAGCAGCUGUGGAGGACUCAGUGUCUGCUGGUCCGAGCCGUCUGCCAGAGGGAGGUGGACCGGGACCGGAGACACGGGCUGUCCUGGAAGGUGACGCUGGAGAGGAACUACACUCGCAGCUGCGUGAAGAGCGAUUGGCUGAGAGGAAGGUACAGUCACGUGAGGUCAGCGGAGGAGCUGAGCGGCAGGAGGAUGGCGCCGCUGGACGCCGAGACGUGGGGGGAGAUCCUGGAGGCGGAGCUAGACAGAUGAUGUUUCCUGAGGAGCGCACCACGAGACUCCAGGAGAUCAGAGCAGCUUCUUUGUAUAUUUUGUAUUUUUUAUCAGACAAACAGCUGGACGUGUUUUUUUUACUUUUUUAAGAAAAAGAAUCAUGUGGAAAGAGAAUGAAUCAAAUGGAACAGAAACUUAAUUUGUGAAUUGUUUCUUCUGCUGUUUCAUUGCUUUGAUGUAAAUAUGUAAUAAAUCUCAUCUUUGGGAAACUCA